AUCCCCCCCUGCAGCCUGCUGAAUCAGACUGCCAGGGCUAGAGCCCACCGCCUCAGUGUCUCGCUAGGAGGGUAACAGCAACGAUUCAACAUCCAGGAUGUUAGACAACGAAGAGUUCAUGUUGGAGACUUCCCCGCGGGAGCUCACCCAGAACCCGCUCAGGAAGAUCUGGAUGCCGUGCAAGAACGGGCACAUAGCUCAGAGACGGGUAUGUAUGACAAACUGCCCGACCCUCAUUGUGACUGUAGGACUUCCAGCCCGAGGGAAGACUUACAUUUCAAAGAAGCUCACGCGCUACUUAAACUGGAUAGGUGUGCCAACCAAAGAGUUCAAUGUUGGCCAGUACCGGAGGGAGUGUCUGAAGAUCUACAAGUCCUUUGAGUUCUUCCGUUCAGAUAAUGAAGAGGGCUUGAAAAUCAGACGUCAGUGUGCAAUGGCAGCACUUAAUGAUGUUCGGCAGUACCUGAGUGUCGAAGGAGGACAGGUGGCGGUCUUUGAUGCCACAAACACAACAAGAGAAAGAAGAGGGACCAUCGUCAAGUUCGCUGAGCAGAAUGGGUUCAAGGUAUUUUUUGUGGAGUCUGUGUGUGAGGACCCAGAUGUCAUUGCACAAAAUAUAGUGCAAGUUAAGUUGGGCAGCCCAGACUACAUACACUGCAACACAGAGGAGGCCAUCGAGGACUUCAUGGAGAGGAUCAAGUGUUACGAGUCCUCCUACCAGCCUCUGGACGAGGUUCUGGACAGGGAUCUGUCCUACUUAAAGAUCAUGGAUGUGGGCCGCCGUUACCUAGUGAACCGCGUCCUUGACCACAUCCAAAGCCGAAUCGUCUACUACCUGAUGAACAUCCACAUUACACCGCGUUCCAUCUACCUGUGUCGCCACGGUGAGAGUGACCUCAACAUCAAGGGACGGAUUGGUGGAGACUCUGGCUUAUCUACCAGAGGAAAAGAGUUUGCCAAAAGUCUGAGGAAAUUCAUCCAGGACCAGAACAUCAAAGAUCUAAAAGUGUGGACCAGCCAGAUGAAGAGAACCAUCCAGACAGCGGAGUGCCUGGGAGUGCCAUACGAACAGUGGAAGUCUCUCAACGAAAUAGAUGCUGGUGUGUGUGAGGAGAUGAUGUAUGAGGAGAUCCAGGAGCAUUACCCUCUGGAGUUUGCACUGAGAGACCAAGACAAGUACCGCUACCGCUAUCCGAAAGGAGAGUCUUAUGAAGACCUGGUGCAGCGACUGGAGCCCGUGAUGAUGGAGUUGGAGAGACAGGAGAACGUUCUAGUCGUUUGUCACCAGGCCGUCAUGCGUUGUCUUCUUGCAUAUUUCCUGGACAAGACUGCAGAUGAGUUGCCUUAUCUUAAGUGCCCUUUGCACACUGUGUUGAAGUUGACCCCCAUGGCUUAUGGAUGUAAAGUGGAGUCUGUCUAUUUAGGAGUGGACUCUGUGAACACACACAGAGACAGACCAGAGGUAGGUAUCCCAGGCAGCACACAGAAAUGUCUCUCAGCAGACGACGUAGACAACUUGAAUCCACUUCAAGGGUGAUUCACCUCGCUGCGUAUUCCGUCCAACUCAUCAAUGACCAGGGUCUCAAUCGGGGGAUGUCUCUCAGUAAACACUAACUGUAAAAUCUGUGUGGGACUUUCUUUAUUUGAUGAUUUCUGGAGAGGCACACUGUAUGUCUUCCAUGGUAUUUAGUCUGCAUCUCCCUCCUGAAGCAGGCCUAGCAGUCAGUGCUGAUCCGCCCCUCUCUUCUUAUUGCACAGAGAAUGUAAAUCUUUCACACAUGGCAGAGGAAGCCGUGUUCAGCCUCCGUCCACCAGUGAUCCCUGACGGCAACCGAGACGACCGUGACGUCACUUAGCAUUGACACUCCUACCUCCAUCCUGUCAGCAAUCAUUUUUUAACUUUUUCUCUCAUUUCAUUCGCUCAGUGGGAGCAGAAAUGGGCAGUAUCAUGCUGGGGGGGAUUUCUCUCAGGUCUUUUCCUACGUUGACCCUGAGAGGUCAAUGCACUGCAACUUAAGAAAACACAAGCAACUGACUGAAAACUUAAAUUUGACAACACAUUUAGAGAAAAAAGCUGCAAAGUGAGGAAACAGAGUACAGAAACACGCUGCACGGAUAAUUGAAUUCAGUAACUUAAUCAGCCACAAACCAUGGCAACAAGUAGCGUGUUGUUUUCCGUUGUGUUUUCUGUAUUUGUUUACAUUUUCGCUUUGUUUUUUUUUUCAUAAAUAUGCAUGUUUUGUCAAAUAUAUGAAGAUGUUUUCUCUAUUUGCCUGUGUUUUGACUAUUUGCGUAUGUUUUCUUAAGUGGCAGUGCGCUGAGCUUUCACCGUAUUUUCAUCAGUUUUACAUCUUUGUAGGAACUACAUAACUGGAAUCCAGUUUCAUCAAAUCACUCAGCUGUGUGUGUUUGUGUGUACUUGUACAGCUAUAUUUGUGAGGACCAAUUUGACUUUUAGACCUUGGGAGUGAGAACAUUUGGGCUGGACCUUUUAAAGGGCUGUUUGAGGGUUCAGACUUGGUUUCAGAGUUAUGGUUAGAAUUAGGUUUAAGUUCAGUUUAGGGUAAGGGGCCAGGAAAUGCAUUGUCAAUGAGGUUCCUCACAAGUAUAUAAGUACAAAUGUGUUUAUUGUGUGUGUGUGGUGGAAUAAAUAUGGUCAAUGAAUGAGACAACAAGCACAUUACAUUCAUAUUGUUUUUAAAUAUGUCUUUAAAUACCAUGUAGAAUUUAACAUUUGGAUUUGUUUUUUAAUAAUGAAUGUUAUCCCGCUUGUGUUUUGUUUUAACAUAAAGCCAUUUACAUGUACAUGUAUAUAACCUGGCUGUUUUUUCAUACUUAUGUAAACAAGUGACACGUGACAAAUACAUUUAACCUCAACAUACAUUUUUGCUGCAUAUGAACUCAAGAACAAUAUCCUUUUCAUUACAGUAAUAAUUUUGUUUUAAGAUAAACUUUGUCUUUAUUUCAAUGCUUGUUUACUGUUUUAAUGUGAAGGGUUAUCUGCAAUGCCCGCCUAAACGUCUAAAAUUUUAAUCACUAGACCACUCGAAUCAAGAUGUACACUGUUUACUAAAAAAUUAUCACUAAUAGUGUCAACUGGUUGUUGUAUAACACACAUGCUUAAAUUAUUUCAUCAAAUGUAACUUCUUUUUCAUACA